UGUCUAACCCAGAUGACCUGAAAAAACAAAGUUGGCGAAAGGAAUCGACCCAUAAAAUAUUUUGAAGCAGUCGGACAUACGGAGUAUAAAAUAUAAUCCACGAGUCAAAGAAACAUUAACGUUUAGAAAGAAAGAGUUGACGUUAUAUUAAAACCACCAGGACGCAUGUGCCUGUACGCUUCCGAUGCUUUCAAGUGAAAAGGAAGAUACAGAGAAAUUCAAUCACAGCUUUUGUCCAAUAUAGGCACUGUAACACGACCGUCCUCCGCGCCGCUUCAUGGGAUAUCGACAGGUCUUGGACGGUUCCAAUACCGGGUAGAAUACCCGCGCUGAUUGGUUGCUGGGGCCGGGAACCAUUGUUGCCAUUGAUGCCAUUUAAUGGUUUUGUAAACUGCGUUGAAAUGGUUGCCAGGGCUGAUUUGUUCCCAAGACAAAGGCUGUUGGUAUGGUGGAGGUUGUGUCACUCUUUCUUAAGAUGAAAGGGAGUGCGCUUAUACUCAGGAAAGUUGGGAAGUGUUAAUGGCUGGAUACCUUAAGCUAAAGGAACAUGGGUUUCCCAAGUGUGUGUUUUCUGUUUGUACUGGCUUCUGCCUUUUGGAUUUAUGAAGGAGACGCUCAUAAAAAGACGAAGACAACAGAUGUGUGCCCCGGAAACAACUGGGCCCAGCUGGAUUCGACGUGCUACUAUUAUCUGUCGACGACGAAGACGUGGAACGCUGGCGAGAAGGACUGUGAGACCCGAGGCGGAACACUGCUCAUAUUUAAGUCACAGGACGAGGUGGCCAAGGUUUUCAAAAAGAUCAAAGAAAUUGCCAAACAUAUAGAUUCAGUACCGCAUUUCUGGAUGGGUGUGCACAAUCAGGAUGAGGACCGCGUCUUCCGGUAUGCAGACGGAAGUGACGUCACAAAGUCCAACUGGAAGAAGAUGCUGAACGAAGCCUCUGGAUCCGGACACUGCGUGGCGCUCAGGUCCAGCGGCAGCAAAGGCAACAGCAAGAGUUGGGAUUUGAGGGACUGCACAGAAUCGUUACCUUUUGUCUGCGAGAUACAACUGUCUGUCGCGCGAUGGUCUGGCUGGAGUCAGUGGACAGACUGUUCAGUGUCUUGUGGGGAUGGAUCUAGAACCAGGACCCGGACCUGCCUCCGUGCUUCUGAUGCUUCAGGGGAGUGUGUAGGGGAAGCCGCCAAGACGGAGGUGUGCUCUAACAAGUGCCAACUGCCUGCUGUGUGGGGCGAGUGGAGCGGCUGGGGUACCUGCAGCAAGACCUGUGGGGCGGGGCAGAAGAGGAGGACGAGAAGCUGCCUCAACUCGGGGGACGCCAGUGAAUGUGUGGGGGCGUCGGAGGACAACGUGGAGUGCUCAGUGGAGGAUUGUCCUGUCUGGAGUGAAUGGACAGAAUGCAGUGUGACCUGUGGUCUCGGUGAAAGGUCAAGGACGAUUUCAUGUUCUGACGGAAAAUCAUGUAAACACGGCAUUUCUAGACAGACCGAAGAGUGUAGGGAGACAACAUGCCCAGUGUGGACUCGAUGGGAAGAGUGGGGUCCUUGCAGCAAAACAUGUGACACCGGUACGAGGUCAAGGUCAAGGUCGUGUUCUGUUGUCAACGGAUGUAAAGGAGAAUCAUCAGAAACAAACAAUUGCAAAAACUCGGAUUGCAUAAUCUGGAGUGAAUGGACUGAAUGCAGCGUGACCUGUGGACGAGGUGAAAGGUCAAGGACAAGUUCAUGUGAAGGGAAAAAAUGCAAACACGGCACUUCUCGACAGACCGAAGAAUGUGGGGAGAACACAUGCCCAGUCUGGACUCGAUGGGAAGAUUGGAGUCCUUGCAGUCAAACAUGUGACACCGGUACGAGGUCAAGGACAAGGUCGUGUUCUGUUGUCAGUGGAUGUAAAGGAGAAUCAACAGAAACAAACAAUUGCAAAAACUCGGAUUGCAUAAUCUGGAGUGAAUGGACUGAAUGCAGCGUGACCUGUGGACGAGGUGAAAGGUCAAGGACAAGUUCAUGUGAAGGGAAAAAAUGCAAACACGGCACUUCUCGACAGACCGAAGAAUGUGGGGAGACCACAUGCCCAGUCUGGGCUCAAUGGGAAGAUUGGAGUCCUUGCAGCCAAACAUGUGACACUGGAACGAGGUCAAGGUCAAGGUCGUGUUCUGUUAUCAAUGGAUGUAGAGGAGAAUCAGCGGAAACAAACAGUUGCAAAAGCACGGAUUGUCUCAUCUGGAGUGAAUGGACUGAAUGCAGUGUGACCUGCGGUCGAGGUGAAAGGUCAAGGACAAGUUCAUGUGACGGGAAAAAAUGUAAACACGGCACUUCUCGACAGACUGAAGAAUGUGGGGAGAACACAUGCCCAGUCUGGACUCGAUGGGAAGAUUGGAGUCCUUGUAGUCAAACAUGUGACACCGGUACUCGGUCAAGGUCAAGGUCAUGUUCUGUUGUCAAUGGAUGUAGAGGAGAAUCAGCAGAAACAAACACUUGCAAAAACACGGAUUGUAUAAUCUGGAGUGAAUGGACUGAAUGCAGUGUGACCUGUGGACGAGGUGAAAGGUCAAGGACAAGUUUAUGUGAAGGGAGAAAAUGUAAAGACGGCACUUCUCGACAGACCGAAGAAUGUGGGGAGACCACAUGCCCAGAGUUGAGCCAGUGGGGCCCUUGGGGAGAUUGCAGCGUCACUUGCGGAAAGGGGAAGAUCACAAGGUCAAGGUCAUGUAGGGGACUGGAGUGCAAACAGGAGACAACACAAACCAAGACUUGCAAUAUGAAAAACUGCAAAGGAAAAAGCCACUGGACCAAAUGGGAUCUGUGGAGCGCCUGUUCGGUGACGUGCGGUGUCGGUGUGAGGACUCGACAACGUCAAUGCGUCAACGCAGACGGCGACGUCAUCAACACGUGCAGAGGAUCCGAAACCCAGUCUAGACGAUGCCUGGCUCCUUGCAGGGACGUGGCCGCUGUCGAGAAGCUGAUGCGGGAAUGCCCACCGGACCAUGUGGCGGGUUUGAAAAAGAUUAUGGAUAAAGUGUCCAACACAAAAAUAAAGGAGGACAUAUUCACUGGCCAGGACCUGGAGGACUGGGUGAUUGUGGGCUACGAAAUUGAGGAAGUGAUUGUGGAUCGGCCCCUGACCUGCGCGCGUUUAUGUCUUCGUUCAGGGUCCUGCAAAUCAUUCAACUAUGAAUAUUUGUUGACGGACGGAAAGAACGAUCUGAGUGUUCCCAAACACUGUGUGUUGAACUCCGUGAACAAAGACUACGACAGGAAAGCCCUCAAGACGAAGGAAGGAUACAAGUUGUUUGAUCUCGAACCAUUCUUUGUGUGAACACAACGGGAGUUUGUUGUUUUACGCCGCCGGAAUAUUUCAGCUAUUUCACGGCGGUUUGUAAAUAAACCCAGUGGUUAAUAGCAUGAUCACCUCAUACGCCGUAGGGUGUGGUGACAUAUUCCCCUAAGUCUGAUACCAUCCGAUCCCCACUUUAGCCAUCGCCUCCGUGGUCUAGGGGUAGAGCGUCCGCCCGGAGAGCGGAAGGUCCGGGGUUCGAUCCCCGGCCGCGUCAUACCAAAAGACGUUAAAAGAUGGUACUUGUUG